AUGGCUCACGACGGCGCAUCCAUCCCAGGAUCCACUCAUGGCAGACCAGAUCCAGUCGGUGCGGCCCAUCCGGGGCUCGCUAACGGCAACGGUAACAGCGCAGGUCAGCUGAUCGUCUCCCCCGUGGCGCCGCCGACAUAUCUGACGCACAGGCUGAGAUUGAACCCUAAUUCAGAUCAUCAGCCCGAUAAUUACGAGGAUCUACAGCUAGAUUUCAGCUCAUCAGUCUUCAGCUCACUGGAGAGGUACCUCCCUCCUAAUCUCCUCCUCCAGACGCGCGAUGUGAAGGUCAAUUACAUGCGCGAUAUUCUCCUGCGUUACUACCCCGAAAGCGAGCGCCUCAGGUUUCAGAGGCACAGAGAGUACAGGCAGAAGAUCAUAUCUAACUACCAGCGCUUGCACAAGGAACUGUAUACUAUGCAGGAGGAGGAUGUUUUCCGCCACUCAUUCCUCAGGGCAAUCAGCGAGAACACUGAACAGGCAUUCAGAAACAUAGUCUCUGAGCCUGCACCAGGGAUUUUUACGUUUGAGAUGCUGCAGCCACGUUUCUGUGAAAUGUUGAUGGCUGAGGUUGAGAAUUUUGAGAAAUGGAUAAAUGAGACGAAGUUUAGGAUCAUGAGGCCCAAUAUGAUGAAUAAGUACGGCGUGGUUCUUGAUGAUUUUGGCAUGGAAACCAUGCUUGACAAGCUCAUGGAAGAUUUUAUCCGCCCGAUGUGUAGAGUUUUCUUUGCUGAGGUUGGUGGUCAUAUGAUUGAUGCUCAUCAUGGUUUCGUCCUUGAGUAUGGGAUGGAUAGAGAUGUUGACCUGGGUUUUCAUGUGGAUGACUCAGAAGUCACCUUGAAUGUAUGCUUGGGCAAACAGUUCUCCGGGGGUGAUCUUUUUUUCCGUGGUGUACGGUGUGAAAAGCAUGUAAACACGGAAACACAGUCAGAAGAAAUCUUCGAUUACUCGCACGUCCAGGGGCGUGCAGUGCUUCACCGUGGUCGCCAUAGACAUGGCGCGAGAGCCACCACAGCUGGCAAUAGAGUCAACUUAUUGUUAUGGUGUAGAAGUUCAGUUUUUAGAGAGCUGAGAAAGUACCAGAGAGACUUUUCCAGCUGGUGUGGAGAGUGCCAACGUGAGAAGAGGGAGAGACAACGGCAGUCUGUUGCUGCAACCAAGCUGGAAUUGCUGAGGAGAGAAGGGAGCUUUGGUUCUUGA